AUGUCCUUUCUCAAGCGGGCUGCACUAGCGACGACUCUCUUGGGUGGACUGAUCGAAUGCGCGCCCACGCAGACUAACGACACGAGCAUACUGAAGACGACAUCGCUUCGAUUCCUCUACCAAAACAACCUCAAUGCCUCCGACGACAAGAAUCACAUCGGAGCAAUCCUCUUGGAUGCUGGAACCAAAGCACAAGCCGAGACAGUGUGUGGCGACCUCAGCGAAGCCCUGAUAUCGAGACAGGCAUUGCAGAAUUACAGCUCAGACUUCUUCUACCUGUUGUGUUACGUCGAGUCUGCAGGAUACGCGAAGGCGGGCCAGCAAUAUUGGACACGAGAUGGCGUGGUGGUCGCAGACCAGAAAGCCAAGAAAGUGAGCUUUCCACCAGCAACUUACAACGCUCGCCAGAACCUGCCUGCCCUUUGCACGCAAAGUAAUCAACAAAACGGACCUGACGCCAACGCUUCGUCCAAUACGCUGGUCAAUAUCGCUGCAGCAGGGAAUACGUACACUGGAUUCCGCAACCAGAAAUCGUUCCGCUUCCAAGGCAUUCGGUAUGCAAAUAUACCACCUCGAUUUACCUACUUCUCCGUCUACACUCCUACUGGUCAAACACUAGAUGCCACACAGUAUGGCAACAAUUGCCCACAGAGCGGCUCGGGGAACGAAGACUGUCUCUUCUUGAACAUUCAGACUCCAUACUUGCCAAAACAGGGGUCGAAGACUAAGCUCCGACCAGUGCUCUUCUCCAUCCACGGCGGUGGCUUCACUAGUGGCAAUGGUCGUGGUACCAAUGGUCAGGACGGCGGUAACUUUGCUUCUCGAGACGACAUUGUCAGUGUUGAGAUCAAUUAUAGACUGGGCACUCUCGGGUUCUUGGCUCUGCCUGGAACCAACAUCACAGGCAAUUACGGCAUUGGCGAUCAAGUCACUGCGUUGAGAUGGGUCCAGAAGAACAUUGCAGCCUUCGGUGGUGACCCAAAGAAGAUCACAAUCAUUGGUGCUAGUGCUGGAGCGGGAUCCGUUCGUGCUCUGCUCGGAUCUCCUCCUGUCAUCAAGGAGAAGUUGAUCGCUGGUGGUAUCGCCCAGUCAAACUUGGGAGGCGGGGUGACUCUUGGACUCAACGGAAACUAUGGCACUACAUACAGCAGCUAUCUGACGAUCGACGAAUCUGCUCAACGAGCCGGGCAACAAAUCUUUCAAGAAGCGGGCUGCAGUCAGACUUCUAUCGACGAACAGAUUGCGUGCUUGACAGCAUAUUCUGCCCUACAGCUAUCGGCAUUCUCAAGUGUCGCUCGCUACGUGGUCCAAGACGGCUACUACGUGAACACAGAACAGCUGAUAGUCAGCACACGAAACGACAGCACGGCUCAUGUUCCGAUCAUCUUCGGUGUCGAUGCCGACGACGGUGCUUCCAUUGGCUCCAACUACCCCAAGAACAAUGUCACCAGCUUGGUCAAUGGCAUCGCAACAUCCCUCAGCAUCGCAACAAACCAAGCACAACGCAUCAUCGACAGCGGCUUGUUUCCUCGCUACAACACCGGCAACCUCUCCCUCGACGCCUUCAAUGUCUCCCAACGCGUAGCAACAGAUAUCACAUUCCGCUGCAUCGACGAGGCGACCGUAUACGCAGGAGCUCAGUCUGGCGCUUUCCCAGCGACAUAUUACUACGAGUUCGACCGCACAUGGCGAGGCUACGAUCCAAGCAAUCUGGGUCCCGCGCUGAGCUCCGGCCCUGUCGAGCCAGGCUACCCUUACGGCAACCCCAAUAAGCCCUACUUCCGGCUUCAUGGAUCUGAAGGAGGUUUCACAUAUGGUGUCCAGUCACCUCUGCGCGACCGCAACGAUCUGUUGGCUACACAGUUGAUCUCGGGAUAUUUCGCGCAGUUCACAAAGACCGGAGACCCGAACCCUGAUGUGAACUUCUUGAAGGUCAGAGGUUAUUUUGACGCGCUUGAGCAGGUGCAGAAGAGUGGGAGAUGGGAGGCUGUGAGCGAUAAGACGGGUCCGGCGAAAUCAUUGGAUGUAGUUUCGAAGUCUAUUCGUUUCCCGGAGCUGGAGCAAUGUACCUGGCUGAACUACACCAUUUCGUACUAUCUUGAUGGAGGAUCGUAG